AUGAUGAAGGACACCGCGGUAUGGAUGCAUUCGCAGAGCAGAGGUUUCGUUGACCUUGUAAACCACAUUCUCGUUGGAACAUCUGGAUCAUUCCCGUCAUACUUCUCACUCGCUGCAGCUGGUGCCGUAACUAUGGGUCUUGGUUACUAUCUCACGAAGAAUAACAAUGGAAGAAUCACUCCUCUGGUGGACCCUUUGAAUCAAACCGUCGAGCAGGAGGACGGUUCGCGAGUAACGGCUUAUCUCAAGGAUGGGAAGUUACAGUCAUAUGUGUACGAGGAUGUUCGCACGUUAUACGAAGGAGUUAGGCGAGGAGCACGUGUCUCCAACAAUGGUCCAAUGCUUGGUCGCCGAGUAAAACAUGCAGAUGGAACAGAACCGUAUGAGUGGUUCACUUAUAAUGAGAUCCUUGAUCGGUCCAAUGACGUUUCUAUCGCGUUCAGGGAGCUGGGCAUACCUGUCGGAAAUGAUGUACAUAUCGGGAUUUACUCUAAAAAUCGACCGGAGUGGAUCAUCACGGAGUUGGCGUCCUAUAAUUUUGGUAAUGUCAUCGUCCCCAUUUACGAGACUCUCGGAUUCGAUGCCUGCGUAUUUAUUCUCAACCAAACUGAAAUGAAGUUGGUAGUAUGUGAUGCUGUUUCAAAAGCCAUUGGUCUUAUAAAGCAGCGUGCUAAGUGUCCUCAUUUGAAGACAGUAGUUGUGAUGGAACCACUGACGGAGGAAUUACGCACGAUCGCUUCCGAGAAUGGAAUCCAUGUUCUUACGUUUGAUGAGUUAGAGAAAGUUGGACGUGAAGCCAAGAAUAGGCCAGCUCACCAACCGCCUAAGCCGGAAGACUUAGCGACAAUCUGCUACACUUCUGGUACAACCGGUACACCAAAAGGAGUUAUGUUGACACAUGCAAAUGUCGUAGCUGAUGGAGUCAGUAUGGAGUUUUUCAAAUACACAGGUUUCAAUGUCACGGAUGUGAUGAUCAGUUUUCUUCCUUUGGCCCACAUGUUGGAGCGAGUCAUUGAGAGCGUGUGCUUUGCGAAAGGUGCCAGAGUAGGCUUUUACAGGGGUGAUAUACGGCUAUUAGCAGAUGACAUCAAAGAGCUGCGUCCAACUGUUGUUCCAGUCGUUCCACGUGUUCUUAAUAGACUUUAUGAUAAGGUUAUGACGGAAGUAAACAAGUCGUACUUCAAGAAGAUGCUCUUCAAUGCAGCUAUCAAGUAUAAAACUCGCGAAAUGCACAACUUCAUAGUUCGUAACAAUGGUUUCUUCGAUAACGUCGUUUUCAAGCGAGUGCGUGAAGGAAUGGGAGGUCGUGUCCGACUGAUGGUUACGGGCUCUGCGCCUUUGUCCGAAAAUGUACUCACAUUUGUGCGUGCAGCCAUGGGAUGUGUUGUAGUUGAGGGUUAUGGUCAGACGGAAUGUGUUGCUGCAUGUACUGUAUCAAUGGAAGGUGACUCGAACGCUGGGCAUGUUGGUAUGACUAUUCCGUCAGCAUCUAUCAAGCUCGUUGAUGUACCAGAGCUAAAUUACCAUGCAAAGGAUGGAGCUGGCGAGAUAUGCGUAAAAGGACCUAUAGUGUUCCGUGGCUACUAUAAGAAUGAGGAACAAACAAGGGAAGUGCUUGAUGAGGAUGGUUGGCUGCACACAGGCGAUAUCGGUAGAUGGACAAAAGAGGGUACACUGAAGAUUGUAGAUCGCAAGAAGCACAUCUUCAAGCUGGCACAGGGUGAAUAUGUAGCCCCGGAGAAAAUUGAAAACAUCUACGUGCGAUCUCGAUUCGUUGCUCAAUCAUUCGUUUAUGGAGAAUCUUUGAAAACAUGCCUAAUUGCUAUUGUUGUUCCCGAUCCAGAGGAAUUCGUUCCAGCUUGUAAGAAAGAAUUGAAUUUGAACGGAACGCUCGAGGAGUUGUGUAACAAUAAGGAUGCCGUAAAAAUGGUGUUGGAUGACAUGAUUUCAGUUGGAAAGGAAGCCGGAUUGUUUUCAUUUGAGCAGGUGAAAGCUAUAAAGCUAUACCCUCACAUGUUUACUGUUGAAAACGAUCUCCUCACACCGACCCUGAAAAGCAAAAGGCCAAAGCUGAAGUCGCAUUUUGCGGCCGAUCUGGCAGCGAUGUACUCUACUCUCAACUGA